AUGUUUAAACGGUGGCUUUUAGCCUUGUUGGCCCGUGUCGGCCUCAUUGUGCUGGGCCUCUGCUGCUGUCUGUUCCUGUUCUACCUCCUGGCCUGUAAACCGACGUCUCGCAGCAGCCAGCAAUCUCUGUUGUGGUCUGGAGGGGCCACCAGUAAAGAGGGAUACAUGGCCUUGUUGCAGGAGAGGGAAGACUCUCACAGACAUUACAUCAACAGCCUGACGAAGCAGAUAGCCCAGCUAAAAGAGGCUCUCCAGGAGAGGACGCAGCAGCUCCAGGAGUCCCUGGAUAAAGCUAAAACAAAAGGGAUUCUGCCUCAGGGUCUGGAGAGUCUGCACAAAACCCCCACGCAGUCUGACUUGAAGGAGUUCUUCCGCUCCCAGCUGAACCAGGCGGAGGUAAACUCAGGUGUAAAGCUGCCCAGUGAAUAUGCAGUGAUUCCUUUCGACACUUUCACCCUGCACAGGGUGUACCAGCUGGAGAUGGGGCUGACCAGGCAUCCGGAGGAGAGGCCUGUGAGAAGAGACCGCAGAGACGAGCUGAUAGGCACAGUGGAAACAGCUCUGCACGUCCUCAAUGGACCUCAGCAACACACAGACAACACCAGGCGGAAGCACACAUACUCCCCUUCAGACUUCAUAGAGGGGUUGACUCGUAUAGAGCGGGACAGAGGAACAGUUUAUGAACUGAUGUUUAAAGGCGACGGCCCACAGGACUUCACACAGCUCGUGCUCUUCAGGCCGUUCGGACCUGUGGCCAAGGUGAAGAGUGAGACUCUGGACAUGCGCAGCAUCCUCAUCAACAUCAUCGUACCUCUUUCCAAGAGGUCAGACGCAUUCAGGCAGUUCAUCAACAACUUCAGAGAAGUGUGCAUCCAGCAGGACGGCAGGGUUCAUCUCACGGUGGUCUACUUUGGUCGAGAUCAGAUAGACCAGGUGAAAGCCAUGCUGGACCAGACCACAAGAGAGACUCGGUUCAGGAGCUUCACUUUGAUCCAGCUGAAUGAGGAGUUUUCUCGUGGGCGGGGCUUAGAAGUGGGUGCCAGGGCUUGGAGGCGGAGCCAGAACGUCCUGCUCUUCUUCUGUGAUGUUGACAUCCACUUCACUGCUGAUUUCUUAACUUCCUGUCGCCUCAAUGCAGAGCCUGGUAAGAAAGUGUACUAUCCAGUGCUUUUCAGCCAGUACAACCCAUCUAUUAUCUACCGUAAUCACACAGUCCUGCCCUCUGUUCAAAAACAACUGGUGAUAAGGAAGGAAACUGGAUUCUGGAGAGACUUUGGGUUUGGAAUGACGUGUCAGUACAGGUCUGAUUUCCUCAACAUAGGUGGUUUUGACCGAAACAUCAAAGGUUGGGGGUUGGAGGACGUGCACCUGUACAGAAAGUACCUUCACAGUAAGCUGAUGGUGAUUCGCUCUCCGUCUCGAGGCCUUUUCCACUUGUGGCAUGAGAAGAACUGUGCUGACGAGCUCCCUCCAGACAAGUACAAGAUGUGCAUGCAGACCAAAGCCAUGAGCGAAGCCUCGCACAGCCAGCUGGGGGAGCUGUUCUUCAGACGGGAGAUUGAGCUUCAUUUGAACGCCCAGAAGCAGAAGAACAGAGGGACAUAAUGAGGACAGUUGACUUGGGGUUGGCAUUGAGAUAAUAAGGAUCUUGUGAUGUUAUUAGUCACUGUUAUGUAUGCUCUUCUUCUGGUUUUCAUGAUAAUUUAUGUAUACUUACAUUAACUGUUCAGCUACAGACAAAAGAUGAUUUACUAUGAUUAUUAUUGUCCACGUAGACACAUAAACUUGUACAAAA